CCAAAAGUGCCCAGCAGUGCUGCCCAGCAGUGCCCAACAAAGCUGCCCAUCAGUGCUUCCAGUCAGUGCCAUCAGUUAGUGCUGCCAGUCAGUGCCCAUCAGUGCCACCUAUCAGUGCAGCUUCAUCAGUGCCUCCUCACCAAUGCCCACCAAUGCCGCCUCAUCAGUGCCACCUCAUCACCCCAGCAGUGCCACCUGUCAGUGUCCAUCAAUGCCAGCUGUCAGUGCUCAUCAUACCACCUGCCAGUGCCCAUCAGUGCCACAUCUCAGUGCCUACCAGUGCACAUCAGUGCCACAUAUCAGUGCCCAUCUGAGUUGCCUUUCAGUGCCACCUAUUACUGCCUAUCAGUGCCAGUCAGUGCUGCCUACCAGUGCCAGUCAGUGCCGCCUAUCAGUGCCAUAUAUGAGUGCUGCCUUUCAGUGCCCAUCAGCGAUGCCUGUCAACGCCCAUCCGUGCCACCUACCAGUGCCUCCUCAUCAGUG